GUCAUGCUUCUACGCUGCUUGAUUUAUUUCACACACACAGAAGAGGCUUCUUGAUAUCACUCUUAGCAUACCUGCCUGUCACCUUCCCAGGACUGGCUGAUGUGGCUGAGACUUCAGAGACCUCAGGGACUUCUUUCAAAACUCCCAGAAACCUCCCACACCCUGGUGAUGGCACAUAGGGACUGUUUUCCUACUCUUAGUCUGAAUGACUGCCAAGAAGGAAGGCAAAGGCAGAACAGUUGGGUCUCUGGCUUUCCCCAUACUUCUAAUAUUUAUUAAACUCCUUUCUGAGCCCAAGGAUAAAGCUCAUUAAUGAAUGACUUUGAGUCAUGAAUGAAAACUCUUGCUCUUUCCAUGAGAAAGAAUUAAGAGACGGACAGGGAGCUUGUGCUGGCUGCAGUGCUGAGAGAAGGCGAGAGACCCUUGUAAUGUAGCCCCAGUGGGUAAGAUGGGCCACCUUGAGGAGACACAGCUGAUCAUAAAGGGACCAGAGGCCACAGAAAAGGUGGUGGUAGGGGUGUAUUCCGGAGGAAAACCACAGGACCCAAGAUUGGAGGUUGAGAGUGUGUGUACUGGGUGUCCUCCACCAUAUGACAAAGACAGCAGUGUUCUUCAGGCUUUCAGAGGGACUCCUAUCUCAGAGUUGAAGAACAAUGGCAUCCUCCGGGCCCUGACAGCUGAAGCGAUUGGAUGGGAGCCAGGUGCUGUGAGUGUGGAGGUGCUCAGAGCCCAAGAAGAAUGGGAAGCUGUGGACACCAUCCAGACAGAGACAGGUCAGGCCAGCUCAGACCAGCCGGGGCAGCUAAUCUCCUUCAGUGAGGCCCUGCAGCACUUCCAGACUGUGGACCUCUCUUCCUUCAAGAAAAAAAUCCAGCCAACCAUCCGGAGGACUGGGCUCGCCGCCCUCCGGCACUGCCUCUUCGGGCCUCCGAAGCUCCACCAGGGCCUCCGGGAAGAAAGGGACUUGGUCCUGACCAUUGCUCAGUGUGGCCUGGAUAACCAAGACCCAAUGCAUGGGCGAGUCCUCCAGACCAUCUAUAAGAAGCUGACUGGCUCCAAGUUUGACUGUGCCCUCUACGGAGCCCACUGGGAAGAUCUGGGCUUUCAGGGAGCGAAUCCGGCCACAGACCUGAGAGGAGCAGGCUUCCUUGCCCUCCUGCACCUGCUCUACCUGGUGAUGGACUCAAAGACUUUGCUGAUGGCCCAGGAGAUUUUCCGCCUGUCUCGUCACCAUAUCCAGCAAUUCCCCUUCUGUCUGAUGUCCGUGAAUAUCACCCGCAUCGCAAUCCAGGCCUUAAGGGAGGAAUGUCUCUCCAGGGAGUGUAACCGGCAGCAGAAAGUGAUCCCAGUGGUGAACAGCUUCUAUGCCGCCACCUUCCUCCGCCUCGCACACGUGUGGAGGACUCAGCAGAAGACCAUCACAGACUCUGGCUUUGUCCUCAAAGACUUGGAAGCAUUGGCCAAGAAAAGCCCGAGGCGGCUGCUCAAAACCCUGGAAAUCUACCUGGCUGGAGUGUCAAAGGGACAGGCCUUAUUGGGAACACAGAAGUGCUAUGGGCCUCAAGCCCCUCACUCCAAGGAUCUCACCUUCACAGGCGUGUGUGACCUGCCACUCCAUUCAUCCACAGGCACCGGCUGAUCUGACCAACCAGACGCCAACAGCGAGACCUAACUGCUGAGCCACAGGGCCUGUGGGAAGGGCACAGGCCACAUUAUGCGGAGUGUGCGCUGGCUGCGCCUGCUUGGGGAAGCCAUGGACCUCGGCCACGUGUGACAUUAGGGGUAGUUAGACUCGUGCCACUCCCUGCAGACCUGUGUCAGAGCAAUGAACUUGCCACAAUUGGAAUUGGGCUAGUUUAGAGCUAGUUUCCAGGUAAUCCCAGUGAGUGAAUGGAUUAUGAGGCGGGAAAGCCCUCCCUGACCGUUCUGCAUAUCCACACAUCUAAAGAUACGCCCGCACGGAAGCUCCAGAAUUCUGACCCCAGGGGCAGCAGGCUUUCAGGCCUCACAUGCCCACAGGACAGGACCCUGUGGCUAGCAUUUGAAGGGAGUAACAGUGGCAGCAGCCAAUAGGGGGCAGCAUGAACCAGAGCAAGAGGCCUUCCUUUCCCUCCUCCGCCGGUUGCUCCGGGGCCCCUGGGGGUUUCUGGCCUUGCAUUUAGCCCACCCGGGUCUCCCCAUGCUUCAGUUCCGCUGUUGAGGGUACGAAAGCUUUCAGCUGGGUGUCUCCAUUGCUUUCAUUCCCCACUGCCCACCAGCUGGGCACCCCCACAGGGUGCACAAACCCCACCCCGUGAAGGUGCGCGGUUCCCACCAGGGAUUGUUUUCUGGCCUGGAUGAAGGAGGAAAUUCACAUUCUGGCAGUUUUUGAAUAAAAGACUUGUCCUAGGCCCAGGGCCCAGAGUGUUUCCCUCCAGGACAAGUCUGGUUAGAGCCAGGUACUCCAGCUCAGGGAAGGCACCGGUCCUGGGCUCCAGGAGGGAAGGCUGCUCUGCCUUGGCCAAACACCUGCUGAGGGCAUAGGUAUCCAUCCCGCACUUACAGACCCAGAGACUGGCCAGUGGGCCAGGUGGCCGAGCUGCCUGCAGGUUGCUGUGAGACAUCCACGUGUUUUUCCUGUGUGUGCUUCUGGGAAGCUGGUAGCUCUGUGGCUCCCUUCCUCCAGGCUGCAGUAUCCUUAGCUGGGCAGCAGGGGGCAACCGAGACACUGCUCUCCAGUCCUCUGUACUCCCUCCAGUAGACCCAUUGAAGACCACUGUCCAGGCCUUGCAGGCCUCUCGUAAUCUAACCCCCUGGAACUGGGGCCCAUCAUAGAGGUGGGGAUGACAGCUGGCCACUAGGCAGGAAACUGGGCAGGGAACUCCCCACUGCUCUCAACAGGAUGCCUCAACUCACACAGCACUGUCUUGACCAGACCUGAACUAAUCUUUCGUCUGUAUUUUUUCCUCCCGUCUGGGUGCUUAGCUGGCCUGCAGGGGUGGCAGGGAGCUUUACUGGGCUCGGUAGAGGCAGAGCACAGAAAGGAGAUAGCUCAGCCCCCACUUAAGCAUCAGGUUCCGUAGUUCCUUCCCUGUGCUGGCUCUCAGGCCGGAAGCCUCAGACCUUGGGACGUUACCAACACAGUCCAGGGAUUAAGUUGUGGUUCUGUUGGGGAAGGAGGCAGGGGGCUGAAACACUCUGAAAGUAGAUAAAAAUCUCAACCUGUGCUUUUUUUCUUGGAAGGCCCUAACUAGGCCUUCCAUGGGAGACAUAAAGUGCUUCUCCACCCUAA